AUGAACCUGUACAGCGUCUGCAGUUAUAGACCGCGGGCUGAUAGAUCACCUGGACUGGUCUACUACAGCGGGAGCAACCCACCCACUCGAAUCAAAGGUGCGGAUCGAGUGGCAGUUGAAGAUUAUCAGAUAGCGCAUAGAGAAUCUAAUCAGAUUGCGCAUAAAGAAUCUAAUCAGAUUGCGAACAAGCAAUCUAACAAUAUCCAACUCAGAGGCCUCAUCAAUCUCGGCAACCUCUGCUUUGCUAAUUCCAUCUUCCAGUCGCUGGUAUUUUGCCAGCCAUUCUAUCAAAUGAUGAUUGGCCUGUCGACUCAGCUGCCCUUCUCCUUCAACAAAACUCCUUUGCUCGACGCUACCAUUGCUUUUCUCCAGCAAUUUAACCCCACCAACGACAUGAACGACAUGAACGACAUUGGCGAACCUUUCACCCCCACUCUCAUUUACGACGCUCUCAAGCAAUACAACAGGUUCAAUACCAUCCAUCGUGGCCAACAGGAAGACGCUGAGGAGUUUCUUGGCUUCUUCUUGGACACCUUGCACGAGGAGUUGGUGAGCAUAUCUCCCAGGCUUAAGCCGCGGACUCGUUGGUUUGAUGGAGUCGAUAGCCCAGAUGACUCCAACGAAUGGCUCCAAGUGGGACACAAGAACAAAACGCUCAACAAACCCUCAACCCCGUCCAACCCCACUGAAUCACCCAUUUCCAAGUUGUUCGGUGGUAAAUUCAGAUCUACCCUCAAAACUCCGGGUCAAAAGGACUCUAUCACCCUAGAGCCCUUCCAACCCCUUCAACUAGACAUACAGCCAGAUCACAUACACUCCAUAGAAGACGCCCUCCUCAACUUAGCCCAGCCAGAAACUAUCCACGGCGUUUACUCCCCCUCCAAACAAGGCCCUGUCGACGCAACUAAACAAGUCACUAUAGACACUUCCCCACCUAUCCUCAUUAUCCACCUCAAGCGCUUCUUAUAUCACAGCGUCGGCGGCGUUAUGAAAAGCAACAAGAGAAUCACUUACCAACCCACUCUCUCCAUCCCCAACUCCAUCCUCUCCCCUUGGAAUACUCCCGCUGAUGGUCUCCAUUAUAGAUUAUUCGCUGUUGUCUAUCAUCAUGGCCAAAAUAGUGGCUCUGGUCACUACACUAUAGACGUCCUACGCCAAGAUCUCAAGCAAUGGGUGCAUAUUGACGAUAUUGUUAUGAACUUCCUCGAUGAAAAUCAUGUCGUGGAGACGGAGUAUGGUAGCAGUGGUAACAAUAACAGCAAUGGUAGCAGCGCAAACAACGACAAGACAGCUUACUUACUUCUCUACAGCAAGAUGUAG